CGAGGCGCGGGGUCGGGUGGUCGCGGGCCGGGCCGGGCGGGGCGGGGCGGCGAGCAGCGGCGCAGGAGGCAGCCCCGCAGCGCGGAGUGUGACCCUCAACGCUGAACAAUGGGGCGGCCCCGCAAAGACACCGCCAGCACGUCGUCCCCUCGGCAAGCUGCAGCUGUCCCCAAAGCGACCCCGGCUGCACCUCGUUCUUCCGCCUCGUCCCAGGCCAAGGUGACGCCGGCAGCCACCCGACCGAAGAGCGCUCCAGCCUCCAGGAGCGAAGGCAGUGGCCGGAGGCAGCCAGAGAAACCAGCCAGCGCCCCCGCCACGAGCAGAACCAGGCAAAGCUCGUCCCAGCCAAGUGUCGCGGCAGCGCACGGCAGCGACGCGGGAGAUGCCCAGAGGAGCUACAAGGCAUCAGCGAGGGGCCCUGCAGCGACAGGGAAGCCUCCCUCCACCAAAGGAAAAGCACCUGCCAGCACCGAGCCCUCCUACCCGGGACGGAGCCAGUCCAGCCGCUCUCAGGCCGUCUCCAAAACCCAGGAUGAAGCCAGCAAGUUUCCCCGCCAGCUCAUGGGAAAAGAUAUACAGAAGGUGGAGGAGGAAACCCGGGGCCAGCGGGACAACCCCAAGUGGUACGAGUGGCGGGAGAACCGCAUCACGGCCUCGGUGGCGCACAGGAUCGCCAACAGCAAGUUUGUCAACAACAAGACCUCAGAGGUGCCCCAGUCUUACCUGAAAGCUGUGGUGAGCUCGGGCUCCAGCGUGCAGACACCAGCCAUGUCGUGGGGCGUCCAGAAUGAGAAAGUGGCAGUGCAGGCUUACGAGGAGCUCAAGUCUAAGUCGGGCAAGCCGGUGAAGGUGGACGACUGUGGCCUCUUCAUCCAUCCUGGGAAGGAGUGGAUCGCGGCCAGCCCCGACGGAGUCAUCAAGGAAGUAGGUACAGGGAAGGUGCUGGGGCUGCUGGAAGUCAAGUGUCCCUACAAGCACAGAAACAAGAUGGUCAGCGAGGCCUGCAAGGACAAAGACUUCUGCCUGCAGAAGGAAGGGGACUCCUAUGCCCUGAAGAAGAACCACGCCUACUUCACUCAGGUGCAGUGCCAGCUGGCAGCCACGGGCCUCGAGAAGGCCGACUUCGUUGUUCACACCAACAAGGAGACGGCCAUCACCACCGUGGACUUUGACGAGGCGUACUGGGACAAGACGGUCCCCAAGCUGGAGAAGUUCUACACGGAGGCAGUGAUUCCUUACCUGGAGGAGAAGGGAAGCCCCUCAGUCUGGGCUAAGGAAGAGUGAAGCGGCAGGGAUGCGCUUUCACUAGAUGCCGCGAUCCGUGGGCCAGUGCCCCCUCCUGCCCGUCCCCAGCUUGGGUUGUAGUGCUAAUAGAAUAAAACAUGGACCUGGGUUUCCAUCGUUCUUGGCUUGCUCCGAUUCUGCGCCAGCAAAGUGCUGCAGGACUCCGCUGAGACUAAGCUGUCCCUGGUUAGCUUAGGGGGCCCACGGGGCAGGACUCACGUCUGUCUCGGCCUCCACAAGGCUGCGUACCCAAGCAUUAAGAACGGUUCUGCCCCAGUUGCAAAACACGGCAUUGGCAAUUCCUUGGGACUGCAUCCUUCUCUCAACGGAUCACCCUACCUGGCUGCUGGCAAACCCCACCCCCCCAAAAACCGGCCAGUUCCCAAACCACCAUCUGUUUCUAAAAGAACUUGGUACCGGGACUCUCAGACGAAAACAGCGUUACCUUAUAAUCAAGCUGGGCAUGGGGUUUAUCAGAACUAAACUGGCAUUCUAGUCCUUCUUGGAGUCCCCACUCCUCUUGCAGCUCUGCCAAACAUCCAGGCUAGGAUUGCUACUAAUGACUCUAAUCACGUUGCGUGACGAGUAAUUAAGUGCCUUAUUGUCACCUUCAGCCCAGCAGGUAUCACCGUAUCCACCAUCUUUGUGGCUUUGCUAUGCCAUUUCCUUAAAAGCAUCAGCAACUAACCGAUUCCUGCCAUUACUACUAGGCUUUGGUCUUCCACAUACCCCUGCUUCCAGAUCUAUUGUUUCAGGCUGCCUGCAGACUCAGGAAGACAGAGCAUGCAUCACUAACAUUUAGAAGGUUAAUUAAGCAACCAGGAAGUCCCCAGAGGCUCCUUUGGAUAGAAAGCUUCUUUCUUUGUGGCUGGCUGUGCCAAGUGUGUCAUGGUACAUGAAGCUGGCUUCCAGUUUGGCAUUUGUUAAUUGAAAUGGAAACCCCAGUGUCCAAAUAAAAUGUUUGCUUUGGACAA